AUGGAUGGCGAGAACAGAAUUAUUCUUAACGUUGGCGGUAUUAGAUACGAAACUUACAAAGCUACGUUGAAGAAGAUCCCGGCUACGCGUCUGUCCCGGCUGACGGAGGCCCUGGCGAACUACGACCCCGUCCUCAACGAGUACUUCUUCGAUCGCCAUCCGGGGGUCUUCGCCCAAGUGCUUAACUACUACAGAACCGGGAAAUUGCACUACCCGACAAAUGUGUGCGGGCCUUUGUUCGAGGAAGAAUUGGAAUUCUGGGGUCUGGACUCCAAUCAGGUGGAACCUUGCUGCUGGUCCACCUACAGCAUACACAGAGACACACAAAAUACCUUGGCAAUCCUGGAUAAACUCGACAUUGAUAGUGAAAAGCCUUCUGAGGAAGAAAUCGCGCGACUCUUCGGCUAUGAAGAGGCAUACCUCUCUGGGGAUCUUGGACCCUGGCAGCGGAUCAAGCCCAAGGUCUGGGCUCUGUUCGACGAGCCAUCUAGCUCACCAUCAGCAAAGGUGAUAUCGGCUGUUUCCGUCUUCUUCAUCUGCGUGUCAGUUCUCUGCUUCUGCCUGAAGACGCACCCAGAUCUUCGAGUGCCGGAAACUUACGACAUUGUAAAUUUCACGAUAAACGAUACAGCCUUUGCUGCGCUGUGGGAGGACAAUGAUCAGCCGCACGUCGCCUUCUUCUAUAUAGAACUUAUUUGCAACGUGUGGUUUACUAUUGAACUGCUUGUGAGAUCUGUGGUGGCACCGAACAUAAUAGAGUUUAUAAAAUCCCCAGUGAAUAUAAUAGAUUUUAUAGCCACACUAAGUUUCUAUAUGGACGUAGUAGUAGAAUUGGCGGUAGUGCGGAGAGCAAUAGACAAAUCAGAUAUCCUAGAGUUUAUUUCAAUUAUCAAGAUACUACGGCUCUUCAAGCUAACGAGACACAGUCCAGGGCUGAAGAUCCUCGUCCACACCUUCAAAGCGUCAGCGAAAGAACUGACGCUGUUGGUGUUUUUUCUGGUCCUCGGAAUCGUGAUCUUUGCGAGUCUGGUGUAUUAUGCUGAGAAAUCGCAAGACAAUCCUGAAAACCAGUUCAAAUCGAUCCCGCUCGGGUUAUGGUGGGCGAUCGUCACCAUGACAACGGUGGGCUACGGGGACAUGGCCCCGAAAACAUACCUAGGAAUGUUUGUGGGCGCAUUGUGUGCACUGGCUGGAGUUCUGACGAUAGCGUUACCCGUUCCUGUUAUCGUGUCAAAUUUCUCAAUGUUUUACUCACACACUCAGGCGCGCUCAAAACUGCCGAAGAAAAGGCGUCGAGUUUUACCCGUAGAACAACCCCGAAGGAAACGCGACGCAACUGCCUCAAAUCGACGAGUAAAUGCUGUGAAACAUCCGGUGGUUCUAAAAGACCUUCAGGGCGCCAACAAGUUCGGUGUGAAUGGAAUGAACAUGAUCAGUUUGGCUCUUCAAGGACCAUCAAAUGUGCUUCGCCCGCCUCAUACAGCGCAACCGUUACAGGCUAGAGCUCCUAUAGUCGAGAGCCCGAUAGUGAACACGCAAUGCGCUGCGAUAUCUUUAGCGUCAUUACAACCUCCGCUAAUGACCGCCCCCCCUCUACAACCAAGACCUGCUACCACCGGCUCCCUAGACCUCAUGCUACCUCUACAACCAAAAUUACUACCUGGCUACAACCUCCAAUCGUCAUUUUUAUCCAGCACUCUGUCAACAGUGAGACCGCCGGAUCUAGACAAACUAAUCAAAAGGGAAGACUAUAAACCCACAGUGGAUAUAAUCAUUGAGAAAACAGAAGAUUUAGAUGUAGAUAAUAAAAUGUGUUGUGAUUUAGAUAGGGUAGACAAUGAUAAUGCAGAUAGCACUUGUUAUGAAAUAAAUUCAAAUGUCCUAGAGAGUAGAGAUACGGUAAGUGAUCCUAACGAUAGCCCUAAUAAUAAUUCCAGUUCAUGUGAAAACGGGAAUGCUCACUCUGCAUAA